AUGUCGUCUGACUUCCCCAUGUCAGCUUCCUCGGGCCUCCUCGUUCUUCACUCUUUGCUCUUCAGCGGCAAGCCUUUUAUUUAUUAUGAAGCCGACUCCGAGCAUCUCCCCGAGCCCCCCCACCCCCGCGGCUACGUGACCUUCCUCACGUUCUUCUUCACGCGGCUGGAGCGGAACCGCAGCGGCCGCUACGAGCGCGAAUUCCCGUUCGUGUCCCGCUGCGGCGCGGAGCGCAACCUCCUGCGCUGCGAGCACAGACCCAUCGUCUUCACCCACCUCCUGCCCCCGGACGCCUCCUCCUCAGCCUCCUCCUGCUCCCGCCGCGCCGUGCUGUCGUUCUGCGGCGGCGGGGAGCGGCUGGCCGUGCCGUUCCGGCCCGAGGCGCUGGUGAUGCUGCCGGAGAACGGGCGCUUGUACCACCCGGCGCCGGGCCGGGCGGGGGGCGCGGGGCCGGUGCGCUCGGCGCUGGCUCUGGAGUGGGGGUCCCGCUUGGAGUACGAGCAGGGGCCGGAGCAGCCCCCGACUCACUUUUGGUGGGAGGGGAAGAGGUAUCGGCUCACGGGGGAGCUGGUGGAGCUGCUUGUGGGUGUCCCCACGGGUGCUGCCACGGUGACUGUUGCUGCCACACUGUGGGUGCCACUGUGGUGA